CGGUAUUUCUGACAGCACUGGAAGGCACCACAAGUCCAUCCUCCCCAUCAGCAGUCUGGUCAACAACAUUUCUCCUCAGGACUCACCAGCAAACUUCACCGACUCUCUGCUUUUAAAACACCGAUAUGGAUGCCCUCAGGUCGGCUGGGAGAGCUAUUAUCCGGAGCCCGAGUAUGGCGAAACAGUCCUGGACUGCCGGCAGACACAGAAAGCUUCCGGAGAACUGGACUGACACACGGGAGACCAUCUUAGAGGGCAUGACGUUUAACCUCCGUCACCUGGGCAUGACACUAGUGGACCAGCCCAAGGGAGAGGAGCUGUCGGCCGCUGCAGUAAAGAGGAUUGUUGCCACGGCUAAAGCCAGUGGGAAGAAGCCGCAGAAAGUUGCUCUCAAGGUUUCCCCUCAGGGAAUCGUCCUGUGCGACAGCUUGACCAAUAAAACCCUGGAAAAUGUCUCCAUAUACAGAAUAUCCUACUGCACAGUGGACAAACUGCAUGAUAAAGUGUUUGCUUAUAUCGCUCAAAACACCCUCAAUGGGACCCUGGAGUGCCACGCCUACCUCUGCUCUAAGAGGAAAGUGGCUCAGGCAGUGGCGUUGACAGUAGCCCAGGCUUUCACAGUAGCAUUUGAACUCUGGCAAGUAGCCAAAGAAGAGAAAGGAAAAAGAGUGAAGUCUGGUUCAGCUGGAGAGGCCGGCAGCAGUUCCCAUUCAGAGAGAUCGAACAGCUUGGGGAGCCUGAAGGGAACAGUAGAUGUUGCCACAGACAACCUAUUGGACUUUGAGGACAGUGGGAACGUGGCGGUGGAGACCAAUGGGAAUGUAGAGGAGGAUCAGCUGGAUAAUCACAGGCCUUCUGAGGCCAACAAUAACCCUGCCUGGGAAAUAGAAGAUGGUUUGGAUGAUGCCUUCUCCAG